AUGCCCCGCAAGAAGCAAAAGGGGCCCGCUGCCCGGCCAAAUCGCCCCGGUCCUCCAGCUAAACAGGGCCAGACUCCUUCCCAGUCCAAGCCGAAGACUAAAGGCGCUGGGACGGCCGAUGCGCCCCAGAACCAGAAGAAGGGUCCGCUCCAGGCUAAUCAGAGGCCUAUUGUGCCUUUCUUGAGAGGGGACCGUGUUUUAUUGGUUGGAGAGGGCGAUUUCUCAUUUGCCCGUUCUUUGGCUACACAAUAUAAAUGCCAUAAGCUAUACGCCACAUGCUACGACUCACAAGAAACCCUUCUGGGCAAGUAUCCACAAGCAGAGCAAAAUAUCUUCGAUAUCCUCCAAGCACCUGCUUCCAAAUCCAAAUCCAAAUCCAAAUCCAACGCGGAAAAGGCUUCGGCAGAGCCAGAGGCAGAAGCAGAAGGAGAAGCAGACUCCAAGCUCUCAAUCGACCAGCAACAAACCACACCCAAAAACCAAAAUCAACCCAAGAUCCUCUACUCCGUCGACGCCCGCAAACUAGGCGUCGCUGGAGGCGGUGGCAAGGAACUCAAAUCGGCCUAUCCACGCAAAGAGCGUAAACGUCCAUCCUGGAUGAUCGAAAAGGCCCAACAAUUGCGCCAGAAACAGGAGCAGAAUGUGCGGCAGUUGCUGAGGCCUGAACCUGAAGCCAAGCCUGUGCAUAGUGGGCCGUGGGACGUGAUUUGUUUCAAUUUCCCGCAUGUGGGUGGUUUGUCUACGGAUGUUAAUCGUCAGGUCAGAGCGAAUCAGGAACUGCUUGUUGGGUUCUUCAAGGCUUGUGUGCCUCUUCUUUCGGCGGCGCCGGUGGCUAUUGACCCGGAUGAUGAUGAGUGGGAGGAUGAAGAGGAGGAUGAGGAGGAUGAGGAUGAGGAUGAAGAUGAUGAUGAGGAGGAGGAAGGAGGUGAUGGAGGGGAUCAAUCGUCUGGGAAGGAGGUCCGGACUGGACCGGGACAGAUCUUGGUUUCGCUCUUUGAGGGCGAGCCGUAUACGUUGUGGAAUAUUAAGGAUCUGGCUCGUCAUGCGGGAUUACAGGUUGUUACUAGUUUCCGGUUUCCGUGGACUUCUUAUGAGGGGUAUUCUCAUGCUCGGACGCUUGGGGAGGUGGAGGGGAAGAACGGGGCCAGGGGUGGAUGGCGGGGAGAGGAUCGGGAGGCGAGAAUGUAUGUAUUUGAGGUGAAGAAGGAGGCUGCAGAUACGGAGAAGAAGAACAAGAAGGGGGGUGUGAGUGCGGACAAGAAGAAAAAGAGGGCUCGGACUGAGGAUGAUUCGGAUGAUAGCGAGUAG